AUGUCGGAAACACCAACGCCUUACAAGCCCUCCCCUCUCGCCUUCAACAGCACACGCCAGUCGCCUUUUAGAAGACCGGGCUCCAUCAGGCAAAGCUCACCGGGUAACCUGCGACCAUCGACGCCAAACAGCUCCCCUCUCAAGCCGAAAGAGACACCGACCUCUCCUGCACAUACACCCAACCGCCUAUCCAUUGGAGGCAUCCCAUCGCAAAACCCGCCCUCAUGGCUGAACACAAGAAGGGAGUCAGGCACUCCAGAGCCCACCUCACCUGCCCGGAAUCUUUCUCCUGCGCGCCACGUCUCACCAACGCGGAAUGUAUCCUCGUCAUCGCAAAUGACUGUGCGCCCGUUAAGCACAGCGUCCAUUGCAGCCAAAUUUGAGGGCGCCGCGAGGGACGACACACCACCUCCUCUUUUCAGCAGGAGGAAGUCACCACCCAUAGAGAACACCGAGCCGAUCGAGGAUAUCAAGCCUGUAGAUGACUACACACCGGUCGAGGCACACAAGCCAGCUGAGACUUGGACCUCAGUGGAGAGCUACAAGGCAGUAGAGAGUCCCAAGCCCGUCGAGACCUACAAGCCAGCAGCUCGCCCUGCUCCCAUGCAACGCAUGGCCUCCAGCGACGCUCUCUCCAAGCUCCCUCCUCCCCUCCUCCACAGCAUGCGCGAAUCCUUCAGCGUAAUGGACCGCGACGACGACGGUCACGUCAAUGCCGCCGACGUCGCAGACAUGCUCUCGCAGCUCGGUCUGUCCGCCACCCCUUCCCAGCUCUCUUCCUACUUCGGCGGCGCCCAAUCUAUCAACCUAGCCACUUACCUAACCACCCUCUCCGACCUCCUCGCCAAUCUGUCUCACCAAAACGAGCUUACUGCUGCCUUCGAGGCCUUUGAUGAUAAUGAUGAUGGCCAGAUUGAUCUGGCCGAGUUGAAGGAUGCGUUACUGCAUACCGCGCCUGAGCAUGGCGAGAAGAAGUUGACAGAGAGGGAGAUCGAUAUGGUUAUCGAGGGGUUCAGUGGGCGGAGGGCUUUUGCUAAAGGUGGGAAGAGUUUGGGGAAUCGGACAGAGGUAUUUAGGUAUCAGGAGUUCAUGUCGAAUUUGACCGGUGGCAGUAAGAAUGGGGGUGACAAUGGGGAGGCAGCGCCGGCGUAG